CCCCUCUAAUUCUUCAACCCUACAUUUGCCCUUCCCCACCAAAAUAAACCGAAGAAAUAAAACCCUAGUCCCUCUCUCUCCUUCACACAGAGGACCAUUUCGGCUUCAGCAGGCGCGGCGUGGAGCAGCAGCAGCAGCCAUGGGUAUCGAUCUGAAAGCCGGUGGAAAGAGCAAGAGGACCAAAAGGACUGCCCCAAAAUCGCAGGAUAUUUAUCUCAAGCUCCUCGUCAAGCUGUACCGUUUUCUGGUAAGGAGGACUGGAAGCAAGUUCAAUGCGGUGAUACUGAAGCGGCUGUUUAUGAGCAAGGUCAACAAGCCGCCCCUAUCUCUCUCCCGCUUGAGUCGAUUCAUGGAGGGAAAGGAGGGUAAGAUUGCUGUGGUGGUUGGGACAAUCACUGACGACAUUCGAGUGAGUGAAGUUCCUCCUUUGAAAGUGACUGCAUUGAAGUUCACAGAAACCGCAAGAGCAAGGAUCGAGAAGGCAGGUGGAGAGUGCCUGACAUUUGACCAGCUUGCUCUCAAAGCCCCCCUUGGGCAGAACACGAUACUCCUUAGAGGCCCAAAGAAUUCUCGUGAAGCAGUGAAGCACUUUGGCAAGGCUCCUGGUGUGCCACAUAGCCACACCAAGCCAUAUGUCCGGGCAAAGGGGAGGAAAUUUGAGAAGGCUAGAGGAAGAAGGAAUAGCAGAGGCUUCAGGAACUAAGUUCGCAGCGAUGAUUGCAACCAGCUCGAUCUUGAUCUGGAUCAGUUAAAUUCCAAGCAGUAGGUUUAUCCGCCUAAUUGGUAUUGGGGUUGUCUUUUUGGUUCUGUUUCUUUUUGGGCGUGUUAUGCAGACAUUUGCAACAUCUGUAUCGGCUUAUCGACAAAUUUUCUCUCCGGUAGUUUAUAUUUUGGCUUGAAAUUACUUGUUGAUCUUGAAUUCAUGCAUGAUUUUUUCCUUCAAUGGUGGAGCUGGAAACACCAAACUAGUCAAUGUUACAUCGUAAUAUUGAUAUCUCAGUUUCUUUUUUGUUU